UACCACGUGACCCGGCUGUCAAACAUGGCCCCCUCCUACUGGGUGUGAGAGGAGCGACAGCUGACAAAGAAAAGCAAUCUUUCCUAAUAGGACUGCAGCGAUUAACAGGACGUCCUCGUCCAGAUAGCACUGCACUUAUGUGACAUUCAUAGCAAGUGACAAGUACCUGCUAAAUGAUGAUGUGUGCCAGAGGGAGGAACUGACGGGAGAAGACCUUCACCGUUGCAGACCAUCUGUUCAGAUCUUCCGUCCUCCUUCCCUGUGAGCCCGCAGCCCGCAGCCAUGCAGAUCAACCCAGCGCUCGUGGAGUCCACUGUAGUUUUGGCGGUGGUGCUGUGCGUCCACAUGGCGGUCUGGAACCAGCACUCCUGGUGCAGCAUAGCCCUCUUCAUUCAGGCCUUCUACGUACAGCACAAAUGGGACCGUCUGCUCAGGUCGGGGGGCGCCGUUUUCCAGUUUCGUCCUGCGGCGAACAGCGGCAUCGUCCCUGCCUCCAUGGUGAUGCCUUUACUGGGCCUGGCGCUGAGAGAAAGGUGCUCCGCCUCGGGGAAUGUCUACUUUGAGCGCUUCUCUAUGGUGGUCACCAUCACUGGCAUGAUGCUAGCUCUGUUUCUGUCCCUGAUUGCACUUGGCGUCACAAGGCCGGUGCCCACCAACACUUGUGUGAUUGCAGGAAUGGCCGGCAGCGCGAUUCUCUACACGACCAAGCAGACGCUGACGGUGUCCGAGGUCAUUGAGGUCUUGGAGGUGCUCUUGAUCUUCGUCUACCUUUGUCUGAUUGUGCUUUACUUGCUGCCGCGCUGCUUCACGCCGGGAGAAGCGCUUCUCAUCGUCGGCGGAAUCAGUUUCAUUGUGAACCAGCUCAUCAAGCGCUCCCUGAACCUGGCGGAGGUCAAAGGUGAACCCGUGAACUAUUUCCUGCCGGUCGUAGUGGUCGGCUCGCUGCUGCUGGGCGUUUUCUUCGCCCUGCUCUUCUGCUUCAUGGAGUCCGAGACUUGGGUGUCGUCACUCUUCUUUCACAUGAUGUCAGCCGUUCUGGGUCUGGGGAUCCUGAUGCCGUGGCUCUCCCUGUUCAUCGGUCGGCAUCCCAUCAUGUGGCUGUUGGACUUCGUCACGUUAAAUGACAGGCGGCUCGGCCUGCUCGGGUACUGGGUGUUUCUGGCCGUCGUGGCCACUUGCGUUGUGUUGCAUCAGAACUAUCAACGCCAGUCGGGCUCCAAGAAGCACCAGGCCUCGACCGUCGUCAGGAAAUAUUUCCAUCUGAUUGUAGUGGCCACGUACGUGCCCGGGCUGAUGUACGACAGGCAGCUGCUCCACGUGGCGUCUGUGGGUUGCUUGGCGGUUUUCUUGUUCCUGGAGUACGUGCGCUACUUCAGGAUCCGGCCUUUUGGUCAGCUGCUCAGGCAGUUGCUCACCUUGUUCCUGGACGAGCGAGACUCUGGACCUCUCAUCCUCACCCAUGUUUACCUGCUGCUGGGAAUGUCCCUGCCCAUUUGGCUGUUUCCUGGACCCUGCGCCCCUAAGGGGAUACUCCCCGGGGCGGGUGGCCUGGUGCCCUACGCAGGGGUGCUCGCUGUGGGAGUUGGAGACACUGUGGCGUCCGUGUUUGGCAGCACCAUGGGCGAGAUACGCUGGCCUGGCACUAAGAAAACCAUGGAGGGGACCGCGACAUCAGUUUUUGCCCAGAUCAUCGCCGUGGCCAUUUUCCUCAUAUUUGACGGGAGCAUCAAUCUGAACUCCACCUACUCGUGGAUUGUUGGCUCCAUUACCCUGGUGGCCAUGCUGGAAGCGUACACCUCACAAAUAGACAACCUCCUGCUCCCGCUUUACCUCUUCAUCCUGCUGUUGCUUUGAAUGGACAGAUGGCACAAACAGUUCUCAGCCCCUUCUGGAGAAAAUGUCAACAAAAAAAAAACAAAUAAAUAAAUGUAGGAAUCGAUGGAGUUCAUCAAAAAUAGGAGCCAUGUUCACUAGCACAAAAAGAGAGUAGUUAAACACAGACAGUAAUUAUAUCAAACCAAUGUAAGGCUUAAAAUAAAUAUUUAUUGUACUACUUGGCAGCGGACCGUAUGUCGUUUUAGUAUCAGCUGCUGUAAAGUUGUAAAAUUCCUCAGAAAUGUGAGUUGCUAAAUAUUCUUCGAGCUCGGUGACGGCGGCGGCGUUUGCUUUCCGUCCUGUCCCUGAAGUUCCCCGGCCGCCGACACCGACGGCUCCUAAAUUAUGCAACGGAAGAUUGGGUUUAGCAAAGCGGAAUAAUGUGUACGUGUAGAGCAAUCUCAAUCGUCAAAGAGGAUUUUCUUGGAAACAGAUAUAUGCCUUUGUAUUGCCUUUGAAGAACAUUAUUUAAAGUUACCAGUAUGUCUCUUUCCUAAUCAACCUUUCUCGCUCUUAUUUCUUCCCUGGUUGCAAUACGAAGGACCUACUGCUGAAAGAAUUUGCCUUAAGGAGUAUAUUUUCUAUCACACAUGACCUACUGUUGUAGAGGCCGUAGAUGAAAGCAUGGCAGCCCCUGUCGACUCUUCUUUAUAAGGGCUGAUUGAUUUGUACUUCAACAUGGCAGAAACUCACUAUGCUCCUGCAUGACACUAAUGUGAAAUCCAGUACUGUAACACGUAUGCAGGUACUAUAGGGUAUAUUUUUGUUGGAUAAAUCUACAUUGCUCAGUGUUUCUGUGGUUUGACGGGGACCCUCUUAAAGGUUAACUCAACAUGUACAUUUCCUUGUGAUACUGAGCCUUCAAACCGUACAUAUUUUUUGGACACUGUAGAUAUGCUUGGGGCACUAUAUGAACAAAGACCCUUUUCUUUUUCUUGGCAACUUUUAUCAGUGACCUCGAAUCCUGACAUCUUGUUUAAUGUGCUUUGUGUGUUCUCAUCAUUCUCAGUUUAUAACCCAAAUCGUGUUUUCCUCACAAAUCUAUUUAUUUAUGUUCAUCUUGGUGAUUUUAAUUCAUGUUGUGAUGACCAUUCAUUAGCAUGACCCUGCUAGUAUCUCGUUUUUGUCAUCAUCCUUACAUUUGGGAAAA